AAUUGAUAUUUGGCGUCUCACCACUGUAGAUGUGUCAUUAAAUUAUAUUAUUUAUUGAUUUAGAAAAAAAUACAUUAAAAUUGUGGUGUAUUUUAUGUAAAUAUUGUAACGAUGUUGAAACUAACUUGGAUUGUGUUGUUAUUCCAUCUUUACUUCUUAAACUGUCUCGUCUUACCCUCACAUGCAGCAUGCCGCGUGGACUCACUGGAUGGUUUAUGUAAACCAAUAAAAUCCUGUAGAUAUGCAAUGAAAUUAUUAAUGAAUAAUGACGCAGUAAAAUUAGCUACUAUGUUUUGUGGUCAUCAUAAUGACACUGUAAAGGUAUGCUGUCCUAUAUUGAACGACGAGAGAAAAUUAACAAAGCAUCGAUUGUCCAAAAGAGGGAUAUUAGACAAUUUACAAGAUAAUAGGAUACAUUUCUUUGAGGAUACAGGAAGAUCCAUAAUUCAAGAAGAGCCGUCAACAGAAAGAGACUUAGGAGCAAACGCAUCACAAGAUAACAGGAUACAUUUCCUUGAGGAAAAUUCAUUGACUACAAGACCAGAAGUUCAUCAGUCAGACAAACAGAGAAUGUCCUCUAUUACACAAAGAGCCAUAAAGAAUGAAGUAUUGCCUAAUCUUGAUGAAUGUGGAAAACAAAUAACUGAUAAUCUGGAAAGCAGAAUUGUAAAUGGAGAUAUUUCUGAAAUAGGCGAGUUUCCAUGGAUUGUGCGGCUCAAACUGAAACGAGCCACAAGUGCUUCAGUACGAUACGCCUGUGCAGGCACCCUCAUAACGGACCGCCAUGUGUUGACAGCGGCGCAUUGCCUCGUGGAUGGCAUUCAAUUAGUAUCCGUGCGUUUAGGGGAAUGGGAUGCUUCAAUGAAAAAAGAUUGCUACCUGGACACAUGUUCAGACACGCCUAUUGUCCGUAGAUUUGAUAAUAUUAUGAUAUACCCUGAUUUUAACAAUGAAACCCGAUAUCUUGGAGCAGACAUUGCAAUAAUACGAUUAGACCAACCAGUCACCUUUACUAAUUACGUCAGACCUGUCUGCCUUCCUACAGACCCGUAUGUCGCGAACAAAGAAUUCAAAAAAGAACUAGAAUUUAAGACAGCUGGAUGGGGACUUACAGAAAACGGGGUUCCUUCCCAAAUAAAAAGAAAGACUACUUUGGGGUUCGUUCCAAAGCGCGUGUGUCGUAAUAUAAUCUCAAAAUAUUACAAAAGACAAUCGUCUGUAGAUUUUUGGAUCUGCGCUGGUGGGAAAAAUGGAACGGACACAUGUGCAGGUGAUUCCGGUGGCCCUCUCUUAGGUCGCAUUGAAAAGGACAAUAGAACUAAUUGGUACUUGUAUGGAGUGACCAGUGUUGGUGCAUCGCGAUGUGGGACAGAGAGACCUACUCUGUAUACAAGAAUCACAAAAGUAAUGGACUGGAUCCUUGAUAAUAUCCGAACAAGUUAAUAUUGUACUUUUAAUAUUUAUAAAAAUAAAUUAAUAGUAGUAGGUCAUUAUAA